AUGGGAAGAGGGAAGGUGGAGUUGAAGCAGAUAGAGAACUUCAACACAGGCAAACUCUCUCACUUUUCAUCUCAUUCCAGCGUGGAAAACAUCCUUGAACGAUAUGAGAGACAUGUUAAUGCAUUGAAAAUCAAUGGAGGUGAAAGUGGAUCACAGGGAAACUAUGCAUUGGAAUGUUUGAAACUCAGGAGCAAAGUUGAAGCCUUAGAGAGAAAUACAAGGAACUUGGCAGGAAAUGAUCUUGAUUCAUUGAGCCUGAGAGAGCUUCAGAAUUUAGAGCAUCAGCUUGAAGCAUCUUUAAAGCGUAUCAGAGGAAAAAAGAACAAUAAUAUGAAAGAAUCCAUCUCGUUGCUGCAUAAAAAGGCAAAGGCAUUGCAGGAACGCAAAAGCACGUUAACAAAAGAAAUUAAAGAUAAGGAGAAGACAGUGGUGGUUGAAGGUCCAGAGUGCUGGGUAGAACAAACCCUAAUGCAAUCUCCCCAAAGAUCACUUCCUGCUUUAACACUCGGAUUAUAGAUAAGAUGCAUGAAAAUGGUAUAGAGAAAGAAAAUCACGGAGGAGGAAGCGGCUGAAGCUCAAACGACUCAAACUAUCUCCAUCUCUACUCUUCUACUAGCUACCAUAAUCAUUUUGCCUCAUAAAUCAGUGGCAUAUAUAUAUAUAUAUAUAUAUAUGUUGGUAAAAACUCAGCUACAGUCAAAUUUACGUAAAGUUGAUAGUUGAGAACUAUUAAAUAAUUUGACUGAUUUGACUAAAAUUUUAUUUAACAACUUUUAAUUAUCAACUUUAUAUAAAGUUGACUGCAACUGAAUUUCCACCUUAUCUGUUCCAUGUGCUGAUCACAUCAACUACCUAAAAAACAAAAGAUGAAAUAAAAGUAUUAAUUGCUACCUUUAAGUUUAAUUUAACACUACUUGCUAAAUCUUUUGUAUAGGAACUGUCCUAGUAAAAGUACUAGAGUGAACACUUAGUUUGGUUUCCGUUCAUUCACACCAACAAUAAGAUGAUUUAGAAAGAAAAAAA